AUGGAUUUGCAGUUUGUGCUGGAGGAGUUUUCAUGUGCUGCUUAUGUUGUGGAAUACGUAAACAAGACCAACAGAGGCAUAAGUAGUUUACAUCGUGACCUCAUAAAGCUCCAGGAAGAGCAUCCAGACCAGGACUACAAUGGAUUGUUGAAGAAGGUCAGCAUAAAAAUGUUAAAUUCCGUGGAAAUGUCUGCCCAGGAGGCUGCUUGGUAUUUGCUUCGGCAACCGAUGUCAGAAGCCAGCCGCAAGGUUGAGUUUAUUGCGACAAUGUGGCCACAAGAGCGAAUAAAAUCCAAGAAGCGGAACAAACAGAUGGACGAAGAGGAUCUCGACGACAAUUCCACCGAUGUGUGGACGCUAAACAUCAUCCAACGGUAUGAACUGCGCCGAGGAAUGGAUGAUAUCUGCUUGGCGGAUUUCGCAGCAUAUUAUUCGGAAGAAAGAUCCACGAAGCAUUCAUAUAGACUCCGUUUAGUUCCCCGUGUAUUGCGUUGGUGCUCAUACAGUAUGGCGGAAAUGGUCGACUAUAAGCGUGAGAUGGUUCUCCUCUUCCUACCGUUCAGGAAUGAAGUCUGCGAUGUACUUGAUCGGAACAAGUUCCUGAAGUUGUAUGAAGACAACGAGGCCGCCAUUUUGGCAAAGCACAAGGAGUAUGACUGCGAAAUGAACUUGGAUCAGGUUGUGGAGGAAUACAUCCGCAUAUGCAGCGAAGACGACGAGCAGCAGGUGAUUGCCGACCAGAAGCGCGAUGAGUUCGUCCGCACGAUCGUCAUGGAGCCGAAUGAUGACGAUAUUCACAACUUGCCAACAGGACCCUUGGCAGCUGUCGUCAAACAGCGAUCAAAUGUCUUGUCAAAGCAAGAAUAUUGUGAAAUGGUGCGUGCCACGAAUGCAGAGCAGCGGGAUUUGAUUGUGCAAGUAAUCCACAGCUUGCAUUCCUCUGAAGAAAACUGCAAACCAGUGCAAAUAUUCUUCACUGGCCCGGCGGGCUGUGGCAAAACGUUCACUUUGCGCAUUCUAAUGGAGACAGUGAACCGGUACAGCCAAGCUCAUAAUAAGCAGCACAACGCUUAUGUAGCAUGCGCAUCCACUGGAAAAGCAGCGGUUGCAAUAGGUGAAACAACAGUGCAUUCCGCAUUCCGGAUUUGCAUGUCGCGUAGGCAAAGCUCAAAGCUGAGUUUCGAGGCAUUACAACUGUACCGGAACGCCUUCGCCAACGUGAAGCUCAUCAUUAUCGACGAAACAAGCAUGCUGGGUGCUGAUGUCCUCAACACAGUACAUGUCCGGCUUCAAGAAAUCACGGGGAACUACGACGAUCCAUUCGGUGGAAUGCCGAUCGUAUUUUGCGGCGAUCUUCGUCAAUUGCCACCGGUCAAUGCGCGGGCGGUGUUUAAACCGAGCAUAAACUCCAUGCAUGGCGCCGUUUUAUGGCAAUCUCUCGACUUCUACCCAUUGGUUCAAGUUAUGCGACAAACCAACGAGCAGUUCUCCGGCAUUCUCACAAAAUUGGCAACGGUGAGCGGAUGUCGUCUGAGGAAAUCGAGCUUAUUGAAAGCAGGUUCCGUACGGAGGAGUGGUGUCGGCAGCAUGUCCCUCGAGGAUCCGGUUAUUCCAUCGGAACGCUGA